GACACCGGGGACACGGCCAUGGCGACCGGAGGAGGAGGAGGUGCAGGAGGAGGAGGAGUGAGGAGGAGGAGGAGAACGGGAGGAAUCUGCUGGAAAACAACCUGCUACCUCCCGCUGCUGCUCUGGGUCGUUUCUGUGUGUGGAGAAGAGAAGACGUUCAUCGUGGAGACCUGGCUGAAGAACUACGGUUACCUGCUGCCUCACGACGUGCGCACCUCCGACCUGCGGCAGGAGAAGGCCAUGCAGUCGGCUGUGGCCGCCAUGCAGCGCUUCUAUGGGAUUCCUGUGACGGGCGUCCUGGAUGAGACGACCAUAGAGUGGAUGAGGAGACCUCGCUGUGGCGUCCCGGAUCAUCCUCACACCAGCCGCCGGCAGAGGAAUAAACGCUACGCCCUGACGGGACAGAAAUGGAGAGAUAAGAAGAUCUCGUACAGCAUAUCCAACUUCACCCCCAAAGUUGGCGAGAAGGACACGCAGAGAGCGAUCCGACAAGCCUUCACCGUGUGGCAGACCGUCACGCCGCUGUCCUUCCAGGAGGUGCCGUACUCGGAGAUCAAAAACGAGGGUAAGGAGGCGGACAUCAUGAUCUUCUUUGCCUCUGGUUUCCAUGGUGACAGCUCUCCGUUUGACGGAGAGGGGGGUUUCCUUGCCCACGCCUAUUUCCCUGGCGCUGGCAUCGGAGGAGACACACACUUUGACUCUGAUGAGCCCUGGACGCUUGGCAAUGCCAACAACGACGGUAAUGAUUUGUUCCUGGUGGCGGUGCACGAGCUGGGUCACGCGUUGGGUUUGGAGCACUCCAACGAUCCCAGCGCCAUCAUGGCUCCUUUCUACCAGUACAUGGACACGCACAACUUCAAGCUGCCUCUGGAUGACCUGCAGGGGAUUCAGAAAAUCUACGGUAUCCCCACAGCCAUGCUGGAGCCCACCAGGCCGCUGCCCACUCUACCUUCUCGACGCACACACUCCACCUCCGAGCGCAAGCAAUCCCGCCCGGCGCGCCCCCCCGGGGACCGGCCGGCGCUGCCUGGAAACGGAAAACCCAACAUCUGUGACGGCAACUUCAACACCGUGGCCUUCUUCAGACGGGAGAUGUUUGUCUUCAAGGACCGCUGGUUUUGGCGCCUGAGGAACAACAAGGUGCAGGAGGGCUACCCCAUGCAGAUCGAUCAGUUCUGGAAAGGCCUGCCGCCGCGCAUCGACGCCGCCUACGAGAGAUCGGACGGCAAAUUUGUCUUCUUCAAAGGUGAUAAGUACUGGGUGUUUAAGGAGGUCACGGCCGAGCCGGGCUACCCUCACGGCCUGGUGGAGCUGGGCAGCUGCCUCCCCAAAGACGGCAUCGACACGGCGCUGCGCUGGGAGCCGGUGGGGAAGACCUACUUCUUCAAAGGGGAUCAGUACUGGCGCUACAACGAGGAGAAGCGCACCGCGGACCCCGGGUACCCCAAACCCAUCACUGUGUGGAAGGGAAUACCGGACGCUCCGCAGGGGGCCUUCAUCAGCAGAGAAGGCUAUUACACAUUCUUCUACAAGGGGAAGGAGUACUGGAAGUUCGACAACCAGAAGCUGACGGUAGAACCUGGAUAUCCCAAAUCGAUCUUACGCGACUGGAUGGGCUGCGACCAGUCCGACAUGGAGCGCUCCGGCGGCAGCGGGAACCGCGGUGACCGCCAGCUGCCCCUCGACGACGUGGACAUCAUGGUGACCAUCAAUGACGUCCCGACGACGGUCAACGCCAUCGCCGUGGUGAUCCCCUGCAUCCUGUCGCUGUGCAUCCUGGUGCUGGUGUACACGAUUUUCCAGUUCAAAAACAAAGGAGUGCAGCAGAACACCCUGGCACAGCACUACUACAAAUACCCCGUUCAGGAGUGGGUAUGACAAGCAAGCUUCCCCCGAGGAGGUCAAAGUUCACAGGUGAAGUGGUUGUCAUGUUGUUGGCUAGCUAAUGCUGGCUAAUGGCUAAAAACACGAGCAGAGGAAAGUGGACAGUCGAUGCUAAAAGACGGUAACUGGCUUGAAACUCACGACCACCUGGUGACACAAGCACUUCUGUGUUAAAACCGGAAGUUUCGUGACUUUGUCUUUUUCAGGACCCGUAAAACAGACUGAGAACUCGUCCACAGACACUGGAGGAGGAUGUGAUCUUCCCGAGGACACGUUUUUUUCAGUCUUGACCUGAUGAUGGGAUACC